AUGAGCCCGCGGCACGGAGGGCUGAACGCCCGGCCCGGCUGUCCCCCGGGCGGCCAGACCGGGCCGCGGCGCGGGGGAGGGGCGGGGGGGGUCUCCCCGGGACCGUACCUCGCUCGCUCUUUGUGUCUGGCUGCUCGGGGCCGGGGCCGCCGCGGGUGCCGCCGCCGCUCCUCCCUCCCGCCGCCGCCGCUGCCGCCCCUGCGCCGCCGCCGCCGCCCCACUCCUCCCGCCGCUCCGCCCGCUCCUCCCGCCGCUGCUGCCGCUGCUGCCGCUGCUCGGGCCGCCGGGGCUGCGGCGGCGGCGGCGGCUGGGCCUGGCCACUCGUGUCUCUCGCUCGCUAGCUGGCACAGAAGCGGAAGUGCUGCAACAGCAACUAUUAAACAGGCAAUGGCUUCCCUCGGCCACACUCGCGCACACUCACACUCACGCGCGCGCAGCCCCGCACGGCCCUCCUCCGGGCAAGCCCCCCCGGCCCGACGGGGGAGGCUGCGGCGCACGUGGGAGCGUCGCCCCGACGGCCGGCCCGCGGGGAGCCCGAGGGGCGCCGUCCGAGCGCUGUGCCGCGAGCCCGGGGGAGAGGGGCUGCGCACGGCCGUGCACGUGUGGACGGCCGGCCGGCUGGAGACGCGCACAAUGGGCAGCGGGGCCGAGCCCGAGGCGAUCGGCCAGCAGCCCCGGACCGAGAGUGGGGCCAUCACAGAGUAUCCCAGUCUCUCCGGCCUUUGUGGGUCCCCUUGUAAAGGCACCAGCCCCGAGCCCAGUGGGGUACACAGCCGCCAGCCGCAUUUCCUCGGGCCACAGUAAAUUAUGACCUUGGAGUUGCCAUCAUUUCCCCUGGCAACAGUGUCUCCAGUUACCGUGGACCCGGCGGGGAGAUGCGGCGUCAUGGGAGACUGGAGAACCAGAGAAGGCCGCUUCAUAGCCCGGCUGACCAGCCGCUUCCACCCUGCCUGAAAGUCCGACUGAGUCCAUCAUCGUUCAGAACACAAGCUUGCUCUUGCCCAGCCCUUACCAGCAAAUCUGCCUGGCCUCUAGAAAUGGCGCUGAGCCCAGGAAGCCUCUGGCCAGUUGGGACCUCCAAGAGGUCAGCCCCAGUUGAGUGUCCUGCCUGCACGUGCUGCUUAGCCCAAGACAGGGAUGCGUGUGUGUGUCAAGUUUAAAGAUCUCCUGGAAGGACCGUUUUGGAUCUCCCCCGUGGCCUGCUGCCAGAGACCUGGUGUGCCCAGAAGAGCGUAUGGUCAGUGUCCCUGAUGAUGCAGCGUUUGGGAAGGUCUCUUGGAAAUAAUCCUGUAGAGCCUUAAAAACAGCAAUGUUCACUGGAAGAAGAAAAGUAAAGACUUCGAUGUGACAAAAUCAAGUGGUGUUUGUCGUUCAAAAAAACCCACGACAACCCACUUCAGGAAUGAUGGAUAGAGAUUUGGCCUUGUGCACCUGAAUACAAGGCCCUUCACCUCAAAGCGUGCUGGACCAGAGUGUCAAAGAUUUGGCGAGAGGCCUAUAUUUCCCUCUGCUGCCAAACCAGAUUAAAACAUAAUUGGAAAAUCUUUAACAAAAGACAAAUACAGUAAAACAGAUAAUAUUAACCUGUGGUUUUCCAAAGUCACAUGAGACCCACAGGAAUUCUGUGAUUUAGGGGCCCCUGUUUCUAAGUGAGUUGGGUACCACUGCUCUAGGCAGUUCUCUGAGACAUGGUUUCAAAGAAGGUGCUUUCCUACUAUGGUGGAGGGAGUUUCUCACACAGGAAUCCCUCUGUCAAGGAAAUCUUGGGUCCACAUGGUCAUUUGUGUGGAUGUGCUUGCCAUGACAAUAAAGCAUGCUCCCUUGUUGGUGGAGCAAAGAGACAGCAUCAUAAGGUCUUUCUGUAGUUCGAAGUUUCCUCUGGGGUCCAGAGGUUCCCUCUGACAAGGCCCUCUAUGCUUUUUGCUUCCUCCUUUUCACCUACAAUUCACUUCUCAGCUCCUAAUGGUCUGAGCCAUUGGAUUACAAUGGCCUUUUCAAGGUUAUCCAUGAGCUCCUUAUUGCUAAACUCAGUGAAAUGACCUUUCUUCAUCCUUGUUGCUCUUGACUUCUGGAAAAGCAUUGGACAAGUGUUGAUGUCUCCCUCUUUCUGAAAACCCUUUUGUCCCUGGGUUUUGUGGUUUCCUUCCCACCUUUCUAAUCAUCCUACUCAGGACUCCUUUGCAACACCAUCUAUGUUCCCCCAGCAUCCACCCACAGCUGGAUGUACCUCCAGGGCUGUGUUCUGUGUCCCCUCCUCUUUCCUCUAUACUCCAUCACUGUCCAGAUGACUCCCAUACAUGUAUGUCCAGCCCUCGUUCCUAUCCUGAGUUCCAAUCCAGCAUCUCCAACUGUUUGGUGGAUAUCUCUACAUGGUUAUGCCAUAGGCAUUUUAUAAUCAACAUAUUCAGAAUGAAACUUAUCUUUCUCCCAAUCCUUUCUCUCCUCCUAUAUUCCCUGUUACUGUUGAGGGCACCACCCUUGUUUUCAUCCAGGCUCUUUACCUAUCCGCAUCCUCCUCCCAUCCCCAGCCGUUGUCCAGAGCAUUCAUCCCUUUCUUUCUAUUCACAUCCCAGCCCCCUCUCCCCUGUAUGCCUUCCGUGGUCUCUUAAUGAGUCUCCCUAGAAUCCAUCCUUCCCCUCUUGAAUCAUUCCUUCAAAGGGCUAUAGAGCUGACAGUCCUAAAACACAGAUCUAACCAUAGUCCUUCCUCUUUCAGGACGAUUCAGAGGCUUCCUAUUGCCCCUGGGAUAAAAUGCAGACCCCUGUAUUUGGCUUUGAAAGCCCCUCCCAUUCUGGGUCCAGCCGAUCUCUCCAGGCCUGCUUAGUUAGCAAUAGCAUUCAGUUUAGCCCUGAGCCUUACCCUGGCUUCUCACCCCUCCAUCCUCCAUCCCUGAAACACUCUCUCUCCGAACUUCUGCCUCUCCUAGUCCCCAGCUCCCUUCAAGGCUCAUACCCAGAGCCACCUCAUACAAGAGGCCUAUCAUGAUUAUUACGAUUGUAAAAAAAAAAAACCUCCCCAAACUACUUUGCAUGGAUCUGUAUAGUUUUCAUAUAUGUCAUGAAUCUCUCUCUCUCUCUUUUUAAUCUAUGUACACAUAACGUACACCAGUAGAGGAUAAACUUCUUGAGGAUGGGGCUGUCUCAUGUUUGUAUCUCUAGUACCUGGCACACAGUAGGUGAUUAAUAAAUGCUUGUUGAAUUUUC